AUGCCGCCUUCAAUUGGUAAAAAUGGGCCAAUUGGGGCAUCGUAUAAAUGCUCAAAGAAUGGUUGGAUAAAUUCCGACCUUUUUGUGGAGUGGCUACACCAUUUUGGAAGCAAUGUAAAGCCCAGCGCUAAUGAUCCUGUUCUUUUUGUGUUGGAUAAUCAUACCAGUCAUAUUUCAAUUGAGGCCUAUGACUACUGUAAAGAGAAGAAUAUCCACAUGGUUACAAUUCCACCUCAUACUUCGGAUAACCUCCAGCCCUUAGAUGUUACUGUUUUUAGCCCAUUGAAGAACGCACUUUACAGGCAAUAUGAACUUUAUCUCUCUACUACUGGUCAUCAAAAGAUUACAGAAUAUGAUGUCGCAGAACUACUCAACAACGCUUUUAUGCAAAUAGCUACCAUUGAAAAAGCUGUUUCCGGUUUUAGGACCACUGCUGCAGAUGAGUUCUGGCAAAACCUACAAUAUACUAAACAAAUCCUGCAUCCUGUAUCAAAAUCGAUAAAUUUAGUAGAAUCGGAUAGAUCUAUAUUAUCAGAAGUGUCUUUAAGCAUAUAA